ACCAGUUCAACUUCCACAAAUUACUGAGAUUAACAAUGUUAGUAAUGAAAAUUAUAUUCCAGCUAAGCCUAAUCCGCAAAUUCAACACCAUCAAGCCACCAUUAGAAAUUAUCAGAUUCAACCCCCAUUGACUCCUGUGCAAGCCAAUAUUCAAAUUAAUAACCUCCAAAGACAACCAUCAUUCAUAUUUCAACCUCAAAUGCCUCAAAUUAUUGGCGAUGAAAAUUGUGUUACACAAAAUGAACAAAAUGAAGAAGUAAAUGUGAAUAAUGCAAUAGUUAUCAUCAAUAAUAAUAAUCCUCAAGACUCUCAAAACUCAAAGAAAUUGAAAUACAUU